CUUUCGCUUUUCAGCCACAACAAAAGAUCCCCAAAGCGUAUUUCACUUCAGGGGUUUCAGUUUUGUCUCAGGCUGCAACUGAGCAACAUAUCUUGGCCAAUUUUGGCAAUAGUCACUGUUCUGUUUUCAGGUAAGUAGAACUACGCCUAGCAGCAAAUGCGUCACAAGUGCUUCAGCCCUUCCUUGGUGUGAACAAGAUGGCGUGCAUGGUGUUUUAGCUUGAUAAAAUCGUCCGUGAUAUCAGUAUCAAAGUCAAGUUUAUCGAGGUGGAUGGGAUUCGUUUCACAUGCGUAACUGAGUGUCCGGACAGCACUUUAUGUAAGACACCAUUAUGCGGGUCGAGUCUUACAUGAAGUACUAUAAGCGAAUAUCCUCACAGCAUAGUUAUAACUAUGCUCACAGCUUUAAAAUGCUUCAGACGGUCUGAAAAUGCUUGUAAUAAUUUACUUAUCUCAUCUAACUUAAAAUAAAUGAGCCAAAAUACAUGUAAUGAACUUCCUUUGACAAAAAAAAAACUCGACUCGCACAAAAUAGAAAGGUCCACACGCGACGCAGGUUCAUGCAGGUUGCUGCAUGAUAUCCACGAGUUCAAGAUGUCAUGGAAUGGGGUUCCUGUGGCAAAGGCAACUGCAGGACGAACUAUGGCGACCAGUGUGUUUCCGCGUUUGCUGUUUCGCUAUGUUUUUUGCUUAGUUCAUUUAAUUGGUAUCAGUUAUCACUGUAUAGAGAUGGAUCUAGACGCCUAUAGAGUGUUUGGCGGGAGGUUCAAGUUUCUAACUUUUCUUAAUAUGAUACUACAAUGGAUUUAUUUCACAUCUGCAGCUGUAACCGAUUUUCAUACUUUGGUCAAGAAACGAAAGAGCGAGGUGAUGGCUUAUUUAUGUGAUAUACUUUUCGCAACCUGGGUAUUUCCCGUUGGACUUGCCGUAAGUCUUUUGUUCUGGGCUCUCUAUCUGAUGGAUCCAUAUUCAUGCCAAAAUGAGAGAGAAGCUAACCUAAUUCCAACAUGGUUGAACCAAUACAUGCACACGCUACCAGGCAUCGCAGUCCUCUUGGAAGUUUUACUUUUCAAACACGAAUAUCCUAGCAAGUCUACAGGAAUAAGGGGUGUUUUAGGCUUUGGAAUUAUGUACACUAUAUGGAUAUUUCUGAUAGCAUAUUAUGCAGAGUUUUGGGUCUAUCCUUUUUUGGAGAAAAUGAGUUUACCAUGGAUUGUGUGCUUCUUUGGAUGCGCGUUUGUUUUGCUGGUCUUACUUUACCUGUUGGGUGAUUGGCUGGCUCAGGAAAAACAACCUGCUGCAUUUCAACAUAAUCUCAAGAAAGAAAACUAGUUUUGUUGAGUCCUUGUAAGAAUAUAACCCAAACAGAAAUUCUACAAUACAUUUCAAAAAUACCCACUUAUAUAUUUAGUUUACAUGUAAUGACUGUUUUGUUUGACGUCUUAACAUCUUGAAGUAGAAAACGUUAUUUUAAUUAGCACAUUUUUAAAAUGCAUUAUGAUGUUCAAAUUUUGUGAUUUAUGUAAUCUGAAACUACUUUUUAAUCUACCAGCACACAAAUUACUUAAUUUAUAUUUCAUAUAGUAUCAUAUGUAAUUACCAGUAUUGUAAUUUAAGUACCUACUUGAGUGCACUUAAUAUUAUGAGUCAAAAUAAACACAGUGAAUCCCAAAAA